AUGAUCAUUCUGCACCACCUGAACCACUCGCGCUCGCAGCGCAUCCUGUGGAUCCUCGAGGAGCUUGGCCUGCCGUACGAGAUCAAGCGCUACGAACGUGGCGCUGAUCAUCUCGCGCCCAAGUCGCUCCGCGAGGUGCACCCCCUGGGUAAGAGCCCGGUGAUCGAGGACACGGAGCGCGGCAAGGUCGUUGCGGAGAGCGGCGCAAUCUGCGUGCUGGCUGCUGACCCAGACUACCUGAUCAAGUACUAUGGCGAGGGCCGCGGCGUGCCUGCCAAAGAGCGGGAGGACGACAACGACUUUUGGACGCAGUUCAGCGAAGCCAGCCUCAUGCCGACACUCGUCAUGUCGCUCAUCUUCCUCCUCGCGCCGCAGCAGGCGCCCUUCUUUGUGCGCCCGCUCGUCUCGCUUGUGUUUGGGCAGGUGAGCACGCGCUUCGUGGGCCCCGACCUGAAGCGCAAGAUUGCCUUCACGCAGGGCGCCCUCGAGAAGGAGAGCGCCGAUGGCCGCGCAUGGUUCGCAGGAGGCGACAAGGACGGCAAUCCGACCGCGGCCGACUACCAGAUGCUCUUUGUUCUCGAGGCCAUAACAUCUGGGCGCAUUGACCAGGAGCUGGUGCCUGACUCGUUCCGCAACUGGGUCGAGAUGGUGCACAAGCGCCCUGCCUACAUUCGUGCCUACGAGAAGGGCGGCGCCUAUGACUAUGCGAAGCUGUAG